AUGUUGACUUCCCCUCGUCGAGCCCACAAAUCUUCCCACCCCCUUCAGGCAGCCUUUGAUGCUCCUCCUCUUUUUUCCCACUUUCCCACUUUCACCUCUUUGAUCUACUCAGCCUCAGCUCAAUUGUUUUCAAAUUUUCUUUUUUCGCCCAAUGUUGGCCUUUUCUUCUCUCUUUUCCCACCUGCCUCCCCAACCCUUCCUUCGUCUCCACAUCCUCGGGCCACCCAUGCCCGGCAUCGCGCGCUCUCUCUCUCUCGCUCGCUCUCUCUUUCGCACCUCCGAGCUCCCUCUGACUGUCAGUUAACGGGCAAUUUCCUGCUUUUCCCUUUGCACUGCAGCCCAAUACUCGCCCAAUCGGCCGAUACUCGCGUCAUGAUAACUGUCUCAUCUGCCGCAAACACUUAA